GGCCCUGGCCCGCCUGGAGCCGGUGAAUCGAGCUGCCUCGAUGGGCACCGUGGCCAAAAUACGGGCAAUGACAGAUCCUACCCAAGACCUUGACCCUGAGGGGCACUACCAGUUCCGUGUCAUCGUGCUAGGAGACGCAGGAGUGGGGAAGUCGUCGCUGCUGCGCUGCUUCGCCGAGAGUCCUUGGGGACAGCCCACGGGGACAGCGUCCCCCGGCCCCACCAUCGGCGUGGAGUUCUACAGCCGCACCCUGCCGCUGCCUCCCGCCGGCAGGGCCAAGCUGCAGCUCUGGGACACGGCCGGCCAGGAGCGCUUCAGGGGCCAGUGGAGUGCGGCAGCGCCGAUGGAGCCACGAUGGCAGUACCAGUUCCGGGUGAUCAUGCUGGGAGACUCCACGGUGGGCAAGUCCUCACUGCUGCGGUGCUACACCGAAGGUGUGUUCCUAGACGCCAUCAACCAGACCGUGGGGGUGGACUUCCAUGUGCAGUUCGUGGAGCUGCAGCCGGGGCUGCGAGUGAAGCUGCAGUUCUGGGACACGGCCGGGCAGGAGCGGUUCAGGUCCGUGACUCGCUCUUACUAUCGCAACUCAGCCGGGGGGAUGCUGCUCUUCGACCUCACCAACCGUGCGUCCUUCGAGAGCGUGCGGCGCUGGCACCGGGAGGUGACGGACACUCUGCAGCCCUCCCACAUCAUCUUCCUGCUGGUGGGGCACAAGAGCGACCUGGUGGGGCAGCGGCAGGUGGGCAGGAAGGAGGCAGAGAAGCUGGCGGCCUCGCUGGGAGUGCAGUAUGUGGAGACCUCGGCCAAGGAUGCCACCAAUGUGGCACAGGCUUUCCAGAUGCUGACCGUGGCCAUCUACCAGGCGCUGCAGACAGGGCGGCUGGCACCCGGUGAGGCGUGGCAUGGGGUGAAGAGCAGUGUCCCGUUGCCAGCACUGCACAAGGCUCAGGUGCCUGAGGAGAAGAAGAGAUGCUCCUGCUAGAGCUGGGGACACUGGGAUGUACUGAGCUCUGCCCACUGCAAUGCACAGGUGAGGUGGGGAUGGAGCA